GUUAAGGCUAUGGUAGCAGUAGCUGAAAAAUUUGACGAUUUCCACAAAAUUAUUGGUCUUAGCGAAAAGUAUAAAAAUUUUAUUGUUCCAGCCCUUGGACUCCAUCCAGUUAAGCCAGGAUCUCACGACACUGAAUCAAGGAGUGUCACUUUAGAAGAUUACCAAAUGGCUGAAACUUUCUUACGUGAGCAUCAUAAUAUAUUGGUAGCGAUUGGUGAAGUUGGCCUUGAUUUUACACCCUACAACGUUAAAUCUUCAAAUGAUAAAGAAGUCCAAAGAAAUAUUUUUAGAAAACAAAUCCAAUUAGCUAGAGAAUUUGGAUUGCCCUUAAACGUUCAUUCUAGAUCAGCAGGUCGACCAACGAUCCAAACUUUGAUAAGUGAAGGUGCAACUGCAGUACUACUACAUGCUUUCGAUGGUAAAGUAUCGGUUGCCAGGCAAGGAGUUGAAGCUGGGUUCUAUUUUUCUGUUCCACCUUCAGUGAUUCGAUCAGAACAGAAACAACGUUUGGUUCGAUCGAUUCCGUUAAGUAACUUGUUAUUGGAAACUGAUGCACCAGCAUUAGGUCCUGAGAAGCAGAUUCGAAAUGAAGCGAAGAACAUAGAGAUCUCAUGCCAAGAGAUAGCGCGAAUAAAGAAUAUUUCCGUAGAUGAAGUUAAGGAGUCAACAACAGCAAAUGCAUUAAGGCUUUUUCCGCGAUUGACAAAUCUAUAUAAUAUAUGUGAUGACGUUACAUAUAAUUUUUAG